AUGCCUCUUAAAUUUGAGCUGUGCCCCGGUCGCACGAUCGGAGGAAACAACCCAUGCUUCAUUAUUGCAGAAAUAGGACAAAAUCAUCAAAAAGACAUUGAAAUAGCCAAGAAAAUGAUUAAGAUGGCCAAGGACUGUGGGACAGACUGUGCGAAGUUUCAAAAGAGUGAAUUGUAGUACAAGUUCAACAAGAAAGCGCUGGAGCGGCCAUACACCUCCAAACACUCCUGGGGGGAAACAUACGGAGAACACAAGCGCCAUCUAGAGUUCAGCCAUGAGCAGUACAGAAAGCUGCAGCAGUACGCGAGUGAUUUGUAAAUUAUAUUCACCCUUUGCUAUAUUGAUAAGAUGGCUGUAGAAUUCCUCCAUGGAAUUCCUUUCUUCAAAGUCGCAUCUGGAGACACUAACAACUUCCCCUACCUCAAGAAAACGGCCCAAAAAGGGCGUCCCAUGGUAGUGUCGAGCGGGAUGCAGUCCAUGGAGAUGAUACGUCGUGUUUACGAGACCGUGAAGGAACACAACCAAAACUUCUGCAUCCUGCAGUGCACGAGUGCAUAUCCACUAGAGCUGGAGGACGUCAAUCUGUGAGUUAUCACAGAAUACCAAAAGGAGUUCUCAGACAUUCCCAUUGGUUACUCAGGCCAUGAAAGUGGGAUCAGCAUUACAGUGGGGGCAGUUGCACUGGGAGCAAAGGUCGUGGAGCGCCACGUGACCUUGGACAAGACCUGGAAGGGCAGCGAUCAUGCAGCAUCUCUGGAGCCUGCAGAGCUGACUGAGCUGGUGCGAUCCAUCCGCACACUGGAGAGAGCUUUGGGCACUGGAGUGAAAUGCAUGUUGCUCUGUGAGGUGCCCUGCCAUGAUAAGCUGGGAAAAUCUGUGGUUGCAAAGACAGCCAUCCCGAAGGGUACUGAACUAACCCUUGACAUGCUAACUGUGAAAGUAGCAGAACCAAAGGGCAUAGCUCCAGAAGAAAUCUUCCAGCUUGUGGGGAAAAAAGUGACAGUAGAUAUUGAGGAGGAUGAGAGUGUCACUGAGGAUGCAGUCGACAACUAUGGCAAGAAAGCCAAAGCUUGAGGAAAACUGAGUGUCUCUUCAACAUGGGAUUCUUGGGAUUCAGACUGGAAUGAAAUCGACACACAAAAUAUGCAUUAUUC